AACACCACGAAGCGUCUACGCCUAGGUCACGCUGCUGCGCUUCGUUAUCCUCUUCACUACUUCACAGUCCACACACAAAGCCCAAAACCCUCAAGAAGAGUAAAAAUUAUCAUCGGAAAAUAUUGCGCCGACGAGACUCAUGGGGAGCUCUCAGGCCGCCGCCAGUCUAUGUGUUCUGGUGGGCUUGGGCUUGGCCGGAAUUCUUCUAAUCACUCGGAAGCUCAAGCAGGUCAUCCGUGAAGACUUCGGCGCCUUCGUCGAUAAGCUUCAGCUCCUUCCUCCGCCGCAGCCUGCUCCUCCCAAAGCUCCUCACCCCCUCACCGGCCUCACCUUCGCCGUCUCCGACGUGUUUGAUAUCGAGGGCCAUGUAACUGGAUUUGGUCAUCCUGAUUGGGUGAGAACACAUGACAAAGCUUCUCGGACAGCUCCUGUGGUUUCAACUCUUGUCGAAGGAGGCGCCACAUGCAUUGGAAAAACUAUUGUGGACGAACUGGCGUAUAGCAUUUCUGGAGAAAAUGAGCAUUAUUGUACACCUACCAAUCCUGCAGCUCCAUCAAAAACACCAGGUGGAUCGUCUAGUGGAGCUGCUGUGGCUGUGGCAGCUAAUCUGGCUGACUUUUCCCUGGGUAUUGACACUGUUGGUGGUGUUAGAGUACCUGCGGCCUUUUGUGGCAUUAUGGGAUUCCGACCUUCACAUGGGGCUGUUUCUCACACUGGAAUUAUACCUGUUUCUACAAGUCUUGAUACCGUUGGAUGGUUUGCGAAGGAUCCUAAGGUUCUGGGUAGAGUUGGUCAUGUGUUGCUGCAACUUCCUUAUGCAUAUUCACGUAGUCCAAGACAGUUUGUGUUAGCUGAUGAUUGCCUAGAACAAGUAAAGAUUCCUACAAAUAGGAUUACUCAAGUAGUUGUCAAAUCAACUGAGAAGCAUUAUGGAAGACAAGUAUUGAAGCAUGAAAAUCUUGAUGACUAUUUCAAUCUAAAAGUUCCAAGCUUGAGAAAGUUUCAUAAUGAGAAGACAAAUGGUGCUGUAAAGGUUUCAUCAAUAAAACUUCUUGCCAGUGUUGCACAGUUUCUUCAAAGGCAUGAAUUCAAACAUAAUCAUGAUGAAUGGAUUGAUUCGGUGAAGCCUAUCUUGGAUUCUGCUACUUCAGCUCAAAUAUGCGGACCACCAGAGUCAUCAGAUAUGGAGGUUGAGAUCUGCAAGUCCGUUAAAAAUGAAUUGCAUGCAGCUGUCAACUCUCUAUUGAAGGAUGACGGGAUUCUCGUGAUUCCAACUGUGGCAGAUCCUCCGUCAAAACUUGGUGGGAAGCCUCUCCUAUCCGAGGACUUCCGUAGUCGUGCUUUUGGUCUAUUGAGUAUUGCAAGCCUAUCAGGUUGCUGUCAGGUCACAAUACCACUUGGACUUCAUAACAAGAAUCCUGUUUCAGUUUCUUUUAUAGCCAAGCAUGGGAGUGAUCGCUUUUUACUAGAUACACUGCAGACAAUGUACACAUCUUUACAGGACCAGGCUGAUCUUGUUACAAACACCAAAUUAUCAAAAAGUGCACUCACCAGAGAGCAGUCGGCUGAAAUUUCCAAGGAGAAGGGAAACAACGCAUACAAAGCCAAAGAUUAUCAUAAGGCUAUUGAGUUUUAUUCAGAAGCCAUAAAACUUUGUGGCAAUAAUUCAACAUAUUACAGUAACAGGGCACAGGCAUAUCUUGAAAUUGGAAGUUACCAUCAAGCUGAGACAGAUUGUAGUCAGGCUAUCAACCUCAACAAAAAGAAUGUGAAGGCUUACUUUCGAAGAGGCUCUGCAAGGGAAGUGCUUGGCUACUAUAAGGAGGCAAUUGAAGACUUUAAAUAUGCACAUGUUCUUGAACCAACAAACAAAAGAGCAGCAGCUGCUGCUGAAAGAUUGAGGAAGUUAUUUGUUCCAUAGGCGAUCAAGUCGAUCCUCAAUUUUUGGAAUGCACAAGAAACAGUUACUAGAUACGGUCAAAGUUCACCUCUCUUGCUAAAGACCCAUCUAUACAGCUGACGGCACUUCGGAUGAGAAGAAAUGCUUUUAGGAGAGGGGUCUGCAUGAUUGUUUGAUCUGACGAGUUUUUUGAGCGGUAGAUUACUAUUAUUUAUUACUGUCACAGUUAUGUAACUAGUCAAUUUUGUUACUCUAAAUAUUCUAUGUUGUAGGAAUUCUGAGCUUGAGCUUUAAAGCAUUUGAUCAU